GAAGAAUUUGCCAUGUGCAUAGCCCUCAUUUGUGGGGGGUAGAGGGCCGGGGCUGCUCCUGUGCUCUGCCGGUGCCACUCAGACUGACAGCUGGGCGCCUGGCAGACACAAGCAGAAGCAGACAUGCAGCAGGCAGCCUUGGUACAUAGGGACACUCCGAGCAAAACACUUCACAAAGGGGGAGAACAAGAGACCACAUAUGUGGAAAUACCGAGAAAGCCCGGAGGCAGCCCCCCUAGAGUCACUGUCACUUUGGCUGGGAGGGUGGCUAUGGGGAAGACCACUGGAGCCUCAGUGACUUCAGCAGGGAAGAAGCACGAAGCAGAGCCCCUUGGAGAAGACAUAUCCAGCCCGCUUGGCCAGCUCCCAAGUACAGGAGGGGAGAGAUCAGAGGACACAGAGUCCUGCACUUCCUCACAAGCUGAUAAUGACAGCGACCCCCGGUCUACCGACCACUCUCCGGUCUGUGCCAACGACGAGGCGCACUACAUCACCACCCACGAGAUCCAGCUCUGUGAGGCAGACCAGGAGCCCGAUUACCCUGCGUUUAGCUUGGCCCCCUCCACCUGGGGGGCCCCCGCAGACAGCGCCCCCUGCCCAUUUCUAGAGUAUGCUUCGUUUGACAGCCAAAGGGGCAGCCCCACCGAUGUGGACAGCAGCUACUACUUGAGCACCACGAGCGACCCCAACCCUACUGACAGCACCGAGUUGGUCAGCACUUAUUCAGAAAGCGAUACCUCCCCGAGCUUCUGCAACAGAAACACUAGGGAUAAAGAAGCCAGCUCGGAAGGGGCUCAGUCCAAAGAUACCGGGAUACCCUCUGGCCAGAUCCUCCUAUCAAUCAAAACUGCAUCCAAGGCUAUAAAUGAGCCUAGCAACGCAGGGGCAAAGCAAAACACCGCCCAUGUGGAUGCCAAGAAUGAUACAGACAUGAGCUACUGUGUAUCCAGAGCUAACGAGAGCAAGCAGCACCAGUUUUACCCCCAGGCUGCCGGAUUGGAAGGGCACAGGCUGGUGGCAAUACCUGCUAGACUGCAUGCUCGAAGUGGGGUCCAUGCUGGCAUAUCCAGUGGCGCUUCUAGUGCUGUCAGCGAACUAGACGAUGCAGAUAAGGAGGUUCGCAACUUGACUUCUAGGGCAUUUCGCAGCCUGGCUUACCCUUACUUUGAAGCUAUCAACUUCAGCUCCAGCGAGUCCACCACUUCACUCUCAGACCAGAACAUAGGGAUCAACAGUUGGUCCACUUACCUUGACUGGAAAGGAAGCACCCUCUUGUCUCAGAAAACAGAGCACAGCCUGCUGUCCCAUCACAAGUCGGCAAAAGCAGCUGCCACUGCCACGUUUGGUUUGCAGAAAGCUAUAAAAGAUGUUCCCAAGGACAAGGUAUAUUUACAAGCCAACAAGUCGCAAACCAAAGCUUUCGAAUUGGUUGUCAGUGAGGUGGCAACUAAGGAUACCUCCGGAGGGAAACCCAUUUGCACUGCCAGUCGCAUCAAGUCUGGAUCUAGGGUAGUUACUUUGACAGAGACCCUGAACUUCAGCAGCAACAUAAAAACGACCAGUGCUGAGAACUUACAAGCCAGUAAGGCUUCUGAACAUGCCCCAAGCUCAGUUUGCAAGGAUGAGGUUACAGAGCCACUGCCAACAGGGAUGGGUGCGCACGAGGUUAGCAAAGCGACCUCCACUGCUGCAGAAGCCAUGGAAGGUGCACAGAAGUCAAAAAUUGCCUCUAGUCUUCUUAAGAAUGUAAUCUCCAAAAAAAUGCAACUAGAACAGGAAUUCAAGAUGGAAAGAGGGGAGCUCACCGAUACAUCCCAAAAAGCUCGAUCUAACUCUGCAGCAUCUAAAGAAGCAGAAACUUCCAAGGAGAAGGGGAUUCAGAGGCAGAAUUCCAAGUUUUCUGAGGCUGGAUCAGAUUUGACCUUAGUCAGUAGUGAGGAUCUAGGAGAGUUUUUUGAUGUCAAAGCUUCAACACCUAAAGACUUCGCUCCAGUUGAAGGAAGUGUAAAUAAACAGAUCUGCCAUUUUGAGUCUCACCGGGAAGAAAGUGUUUCUGACACUAAAAAAAGUGCAUCUGAAGCUAUGAAAGGUAUAUUCCUGCGUAGUCAAAAUAGUGCCUUUAGGUCUUGGAAAGAAAGAGAAAUUGAAAAAAUGGAAAAGAAAAUAGAAGAAAAAGUGGCCAAGGCUAGAAAAAUAAAAAUACCACUGGAAAGAGACUGGAGAGCAGAAUUUGGAGAGAUAUCCAAUAAUACAUCUACCAAAAUGUCACGUUUAUUUGUGCCUGGGAUACAACACAUCCCUAAGGAAAAGCAAGCAGUGAAACAAGCUACUAAAUAUUCUGUGUCUACUUACGCACAUCAGAGUUGUUUUAGCAGAAAUGAAAAUGAUAUUAAGAUAGAAAAGCUACACGUCCUGGAGGCCACUGCUAGCAGGAUCACACCUAGGAUUACCCCCAAGCCCCAGGAGAUCAAGCUAAAAUUGGGACUGGUGUCAGAGAGCAAAGAUAGUCCUUUCAAUAUAGCUAAGCUGUUAACACCAAGCCUAGCCUCUGGUGCCGCCAGUCUUUCCAAGGCAGCAGAAGAGCUUAGGAACCAAGUCCCCUCCAGGUCUGAGGUACUAGAGAAAAUGCCUCAAUUCUUGGUGAGAGAUGUGAGAGACCCCAAACCCAAAGCCCAAGGAAACAUUCACCAAGUUAGAGACGUGAGGAAGCUUUUAAAAAGCUCAUAUCACCAAGACCCAGUUGACAACAGUGACAAAGGCAGCGUUUUGUCUGAUCAAAGCAAUACAGAUCCCAAAUCAAAGUUGUCGGUAGCUUCCAAGAUCUCUUCAGCUUUGUCACCAAUAGUGAUCACUUGUCAAGCCGUGAAGAACAAAGAGGUAGGUGGACAGGCUGAGGGCAUGACUGCUGUAGACGACAACGCAGACACCGUCCUAGUGCACCGGGCAUCAGGAAGGCUCCCAGUUGCAACAAUAGCCCCUAAUAAAACAGGCCCCAGGAUGCCUGUUGUGAAGAUCGUUUCCAAGGCUUCCAAGUGGAAACAAGAAAAACCCAAGGAGCCAGAGGUAAAACAUACACCUGAGCCAAAGUCACCUCAGUCUCAAGGUGCCCUUGAGAAACUCACCGCUGCUGUAAAGACAAUGGAGCAGCUGUACGUAAUUGAUAAAAAAGAGUGGAGGCGAAAGAGUAACCCAGAACCCCUAAUGGGAAGUCACGUAUUGUCCCUUAUUAACUAUGAAAAGACAGGAAACGAGAACAAAAUUAAUACCACCACCGAGGAAUACAGGGCGAAGUCUGGACCUGUAGAAGCUGUGGAGCCCAGGAAAGUGCUCCAACCUCCCUUCACCAGGGCUCCAGAACCGCUGGUACGCAGGAAUUCUUAUCCGAACGCAGAUAAGAGCCAGACUAAGCCAACGGUGACAGAGAACAAGACUCCAGCGAAGAUAUUCCAGGUGCCAAGAUUCGGAGAACAGAAGAGUCAGGAGAAGGCUGAGAAGAACACAGCAAUUGGUAAUCGAAGCGUGUUCACAGUGAGUGCUGCGCCGGUGAAAAACAAGCAGCAAAGUGUAGAGUCCUCGAUUAAUAACUUAAACAAAAGACCUCAGCCUCCCAACUCUCUGAAUAUUCGCCACCAGUCCGCACAAGAGGACAAGAAAGCGGAUACAAUAACCACACCUCAAGGCCGGAAGGCCAGCGCUGAUUUUGAGAACUACCUCGCUCUUCCAGUUAGAAUGACAAGUGAGGGGACAGCAGCAAAGCCACCGGUGACUGGCAGCGCCCGUGAAACUGCUGCGAUCUCCCGCGAACCCACUACCAACAUCCGCGAACCGGCUGCGUUCUGCAGCUUGCCGCCCUUCAGCGCCAAAUCCCAAGCACCCAGCCCCAAGAGUCCCCUCAGAGCCCCCACUGACUGGCGAAGCAAACUAAGGGAAGGAGUUCAGCCUAACAGGGCAUCGUCUGCAGGAUCCGACUUACAGUCCCCUGACUCUGUUCCCCCUGCCACUAUCUACCACCAUCCGCAACCUCCUAUGCCAGUCAAUCUACCCAGCGCUCCCAUCUUUUACUCCUCACCCAUAUCUUCUACAACCCCUACAGAGAUAUAUCCCCAGCAGACCCAACGCAAAAUGCUAGUGGAUCUAGCAACAGGACAGUAUUAUCUCGUGGAUACUCCAGUUCAACCAGUAAAAAGAAGACUUUUUGAUCCUGAAACAGGACAAUACGUGGAAGUACCCGUUCCACCUCCCCCUGUUACCCCAGUUCCCAUCCAUAUGCCACAACUUGCUCUCAGCCCAGGGGCAUAUGGUGCAGCCUACAUGUUUUACCCCGGCUUUAUGUCAACGGGCACCCCCACCAUGCUACCAGCUAACACUUUGCAGAGACAACUUUCCCACUCCAGCAGCGAUCACAGCUUUGAGAUGUCAGGUAUUGAGUCUCACCCAGAAGUAAACAUUGCAGAUGGUCCAUAUUACCUGGCCACAGGGUCUUCAACAACAACUUCGACACCUGGACAAGCCACAAAUGUCCCCAGAGGGUCUAUAACCUGCCCUGAUGGCAAGCAGGUAAUCAGCAUUAUGUCCCAGCCAGGACCACGUAUUGUGGCACCACCCUCAUUUGAUGGCAAUACCAUGAGGUUUGUUGUGGAGCACAGAUGAGAUUCUAGUGAGUAUCUCUGCCUGGUUGCCAAUAGCACCAAGUUCCAUGUGUAGCUCAAGAGGAUGUGGAACUCAGAUAUGGGUUUGGAGUCCUACUUACAGAUGUCCUGUACCAGCAUUGUGGACAGAAGAAGCCAAUGAAUUGUGACUAUCGAAGCGUCUGUGGAGCAAACUGUAUUGACAAAGAAUGGAUUUCGUGAGUUUGUUCAAGAAGAAUACUUUUCAAAAAUUUCCUUUAAAAGACUGGGGACGACCUCUCACACAAAUGAGCAGUAAUCCAACUUCAGCUGCUCAUGAAAUAUAUGUUGGAUUCUUUAUUAUUGUAGGAGGAAUGUCUACAUAUCUACAUUAUUAAUUCUUUGAAAGUAGUUAUGCUUCUGCUGCGUUAAUGUGUUUUUAAUGCUUAAAGCAUUUCUUUUUGACAACAGUCCAGGUUUGAUAUAAUUUAACAAAUGUGUUAUUGUCACUUGUGACAUUACGCUUUGAUUUUCCUAGGACUGAUUUAAACUUUUAAUGCUUCAGCCUAAUUGUGUCACAUGAAAUAGAGGCUAAUUAGAUGCAUUGUACUAAGUGAUACAUUUUAUAGGUGCUUUUCAUAAGUAUACUAGGAAUUUUGGGAACUUCCUAAUGAGAAUAUUAUUGCCACUUCAGAUGUUGCACCGAUAUUCUAAUGUUCUCCUGAAUAUCCUUUAAUAUAAUUACAAUUGGUUAUUUGCCUUACUAUAAGAGGUGCAUUUAUUUAGUAGUAUUUUGCUUAACCUGAGCACUUUUUUUUAUCAUGAAAUAGUGUGCGUGCUAGAAGAUAUGAACUAUGGUUUUUGUGUCUCUUGAUAGAUGAGCAAAAAAACCACGUCCGGCUUAAUAUUGGAUUUACAGGUACACAUGACAACCUUGAAUGUAUUAUUAUUAUUUUUUUAAAUAUUGGACUUGUAAUAAUAGGUAAAGAAAUGUGUGUGUGUGUGUGUGUGUGUGUGAGGGUAUUUUAUUGUUGUUGUUUUUUAACAAACAGUGCCUUGUUUUUCUGCGGCUAAUGUUCAGGGUAAAUAUAGAUCUGGCACUUUGUUAUUAACGUAAGCACUUUUAAGUAUACACACUGGAAGGGAAAUCUAAAUCCAUACGUAAAACCAGUACAGUGCACAAAAGGUUAAAUAGAGUUCUAUUUUUGUGUAAAGGAAGGAAAAAAGUCUAUAAGUAUAUUUUUAAUGCCAAAGAGCUUUUUCUUCAAUUAGAAAAACUUUGUCAAGCUAUGUGCUAUUUAAUUGAGUUUAUCUACUAAUGUGUGAGUAGAAUUUAGCAUAUAUGGUAGAACAUUCUUUUUUCUUUAUCAAAUUGUUUAAAGUGAUAUUUUACCCUGGCCAAUCUACAGCAUAGAUUUAGCAAGUUAUACAGAAUCACGGGCCAUCUAAUAUAUUUGUUAGCAGUCACUCAUUUGCAAACCAUGUCUUUUGUUUUUUUAACUUCCCUUUUAUAAGUUAAUUUUUUGGUAUUUUUCUGUUUUAUUCUUUCAUAAACACAUUCUUAUCUAUCUAUCUAUCUAUCUAUCUAUCUAUCUAUCUAUCUAUCUAUCUAUCUAUCUAUCUAUCUAUCUAUCUAUCUAUCUAUCUAUCUAUCUAUCUAUCUAUCUAUCUAUCUAUCUAUCUAUCUAUCUAUCUAUCUAUCUAUCCAUCUAUCUAUCUAUCUAUCUAUCUAUCUAUCUGUCUGUCUGUCUGUCUGUCUGUCUGUCUAUCAUCUCUUUCUCUCUCCCCCUCUCUCUCCCCCCACUCUAUCUAUGAUCAAUUUAUUAAUUUUCCUAAAUCAUUUAUGCCUCUCAGAUAAAGUUCCUAAUUUUUCUGUACUUUCUCUGUUCUUCGUGUGUUUUUUUUUCCCUUAAAUCCCUCUUUCAUUUUCUCUCUAUUUUAGCUUUAAGAACAGGAGGAAUAUUUUAUACCACAAUAAAAGUGUACGUUAAAUUUUGAACAUUAAACCAUCUCUUCAAAAGUUUGACUAUGACUAAUAAAGCUCUGGUAGAAAAUAUAAUUAAAACAGCAGAUUUACAUGAAAUCUAUUUCUUACUGAAAAUUACAGCAUUAAUUGUUUUAUUUAAGCUGCUAGCGGGUAAUACUAAGGUUUUAAUAUUUCUAAAAGGUUUGUAAGAGCUAUCAUCUGUGUUAAUAGAAGAUUAUAUUUGUAUUUACCUGACCACAAGUAAUUGCUCUGUUUAUGUUUACAAAGAGUUUAGGCAGAUCUCUCAGGUGUUUAAAGGGACCCAAAACACUAAAUACAUUUCAUGCCCCUCUAAUCAUGGGUGCUGUCGUUAUGGAACCUAACUUAUACUGAAGGGGGGUUGCUACACCUGGGCAACGCAUCAGUAUGAAAUAAUUUCAAUACUAUGUAAAUAAAAUAUAUUUAGUGUUUAAUGUCCUUUUAAUACCAUGCUUUAAAGGGUCGCUGAUACAACCAAAAGCCAGUGUACAAUUAGCAUCAUCUAACAAAUUGGUAGAUUAUAUAAAACGUGAAAAAUUAAGGCUAGCUAUAGAGUCACCACCAUAUUUAAUUUAAUGUACAAAGAUAUAGAAAAUAUUGGUAAACUCUUUUUUUUGUUGUUGUUGUAACUGGAGUGUAAUCUAGCCCAAACCUUGUUUUGGAAAUAUGUUAAAAUCCUUUCAUUUUAUUUUGCUGUCUAUAGAGCACCAAAGUGUUGUUAUCAGCUCAAUAGACAAUGUUGAAAGGAUACUGUAAUCCCAAAAUAAUCUAUUUUUUAGAACGUGUGUGAAGGGCACUUGUAUUAUUCAAGCAGGUGAAUCAGAUUCAAAUCCUUCUAAAGGGCAGUCACUUUAUUAUGCCACAAGCAAACACCCAUAAACCCUACAGAAAAAGGAUUAUUGCAAAUGUAUCUGUCAUGGUUUACAAAUGCAAAUAAAUUGCAGUGGUUAAAGGGACAUGAAACCCAUUUUUUUCCCCCAUGAUUCAGAUAGAGAAUACAAUUUAAAAAAAGUUCCCAAUUUACUUCUAUUAUCAAAUUUGCAUCAUUCUCAUGUUAUUCCUUGUUGAAGAGAUAUCUAGAUAGGUAGCAUGCACAUGUCUGGACCUCUACAUAACAGGAAAUAGUGCUGCCAUCUAGUGCUCUUGCUAAUGUAUUACAUUGUUGCAAAACUGCUGUCAUAUAGUACUGCAGGCAGGUAAACACUCCUGAGCUAAUCUUAUUGCUUUUCGACAAAGGAUAACAAUAAAACGAAGACAAUUUGAUAAUAGAAGUAAAUUAGAAAGUUGUUUAAAAUUGUAUGUUCUAUCUGAUUCAUGAAAGAAAAAACUUGAGUUUUAUGUCACUUUAAACAGGAAUCACCACAAUGCCUACUAAAUGUAUGGCUAGUUAACAGGUUAAAUGUGGGAUUCAUAACUUACACUUUGUAUGGUACGCAAUGGAGCAUAAAUUAACAAAGAAAGUUUGGUAGAUUUUGUAGAAUAAUAAAACCAGAAAAGGGACGUGCAGUUACUUCACGAGCAAAAAAGUUGUUUAGCGUGCUACUUGUAAUCUGGCCCUAUAUGUUUAAAUGUUUCAGAUAGAGCAUAUAAUUUUAAACAGUGUUACUAUUCAUUCCAAGUAUUAUUGACCUUUAAGUGUUAGAUCAAAGUUAAUGCAACACUUCCAUGUCCCUUUGACUCUCUUUGAUAAGUAUCCUCCAGUAUCUAUAAUACAUUAGUCUCAUACUUUAAAAUUCUAAUUAUUUUUAAUUAUUUAUCAGCCUUAUUAAUAAUAAUGAAAAUAUUUAAAAGUUAGAUGUUGCUACAAGAUUGGUGCUACUAAAUGCUGUUACAAUAGCAAAGAUAAAAGACAUUAAUAAUAAAAACAAGUGAUGCCUCAAUUACUAAAUAGGUGCUAACGGCUGGCUCAAGAUAUUGUGCUGCCUGGAUCUGAGAAUGUAAUGGCACCCCCAGUACCAGUAGUAACAUUACUGAUUAGCAAAUCAACCUUCUAGCCUAGCCACUGACCUUGCUAAGCCUGCCUACCUGCAUGCAACCAAUGCUUAAUUGCGCAAUAAGUGACAAGGAAGUUAGGGAAGAGAUGCACUUGUCCCACUUUGAAUGUUGCUCCUUACUGAUUCUGUGUCUUUGUGCAUGAUGAGGUUAUGCAGCUGGGAGCCUGCGACCUCCCCCACAGAGACACGGAUAGGACUGGACUGGAUCUGACUUGUCAAGUGCUGCCUGGGUCCAUUGAACCCACUUGGUCCCAUGGUUGAGCUGGCCCUGUAGGUGCUUUAACAAGACAGCGGAAAUAUUCAAAACUGAAAAAAGGAGUAAUAUUCAAAAAUAAGUUAUAUUACAUGCCGUUCAAUGUUUUUUUAUGUUAUUGUGUAUCCAUCCUUUAAAUGAAAGGGAUAAUUUUAUGUAUGGUACCCAUUAUCAGGCUAGUUUAAAUAUAUAUAUAUUUAUCUAUAGAUAUUUUAUAUAUAGAUAUCUAAAUUUCUGGACUAACACGGCUACUCCAAUCAACGUAUAUAUAUAUAUAUAUAUAUAUAUAUAUAUAUAUAUAUAUAUAUAUUGUAUAUAUAUUGUAUAAAUACAUACUUUGCAUUUUACUAUGGAAGCUGCUAGCACACUGCAAUGAAAAAAGUUCCAAGAUUAUUUUUGUUUGUUUUGUUAUAUGUCACAUUUAAAAGGGUGCUACUUAUUACUAAAAAUUACACAAAAUAAAUUAUCUUAAUGAUUGGAAUGGCUUCACAUUUAAGUCCACAGGAAAAUCUGGAUGAACGACUUUGCACGGCACAAAACACCAUAGGGCCCACAAUUUUUCUUAUUCUGAGGAACCAUUUCAGACAUAUUACUGAAGCAGACACAGCCAGCCAUUGUCAUUUUGUUAGCAGCACUCAUGUUCAUUAUCUUAUCUUGUCUGCUCUGCUGAGGCCAAAUAGAAACAGAUAUGUAGCAGGGUUAUGCUUGUCUGUAGUAUGCACUUACAAUUCUCACAAUUACAAAACCCACACUUUUCAGAGUCAAAUUAAGUGAGACAACAUAUUGCAAACUUUUUUUUUUUUACUACACAAAAUGAAAUAUUUUAUAGUAUAGUCUCAAACAGUUUCAUGUUCAUUUUAGCUUUUAGAAAGAGUUGGUCUUAUCAUAACUUUUAAACAAGUGUUUUUUUAAGCUAUGUGAAACUUUCCUAUAAAGAAGAUACACUAAUUAUUGAUCCUAAGGGAUAUAUUUAUAUAUAAAUACAGGUGUUUGGUUUUGCAACUGAGUGACUUUGAAAUGAAUAAAAAUAAAAAAACUCAGAAAAACUAUAUAUGGCUUUAGCACACUACUCUAAAAUAAAAGGUAAUGUUUGGUUUAAUUUAGGUAAAAUUAUCAAUAUGAAUUUUUAAAAAAAUAUAUAUAUUUGAGAAGUGUUUUUAUAAAAAUGUUAAUAUAAUGCUGUUUAGUAACAAUAUUCCCCAUGAACAAGGUAAAUUAUGGAGAACUUUUAUCUAAGGUUACGCAAUAUGUUUCCAUUGUAACACAUUUGAGAAAGACAGUCAGGCUUAUUAUUGUAGAGUUUUUGAAAACACGGCAGGUUAAGAGUAGGAUUGUGAAAGUUAUAUAUAAUUUUGGAUCGAUUUUUAUUUGUUAAAGUUUUCAUGCAAGACAGGUGGCUGUUGGUAAGAAUUUAUUGAGAUGAUUAAUGAUGUCUUUUAUAAACACAAAUAAAUAAAGGUGCCAGAAGACUAUUGUGUUAACCGUGGAAAAUAUUAGCCAGUAACAAUGAUAUACAAUGCGUUAAAUCUUUGAAAAAGAAUGUUUUUAUGAAGAAAUAAAAUGUAUAUUAUUUGAAAUUGUUAUAAGUGAAAAUUUGUUUUUAAUAAAAGUCUUGAAAAAUUAAA